CUUGCCGAGCCUACUACCAUCUUACGUGGAGAAAUCAUGACUGCCCCCAGAGUUCCAGGCCGGCCCGGCACAAAGGGACCCGCACCCACCCCUGCCCCGGUGUGCUCCAGCAUCUAAUCCGGGUCGUGUACAUACAAAACAAAUCAUCCAACGUCAAACCGAGUCCCCACUGUUCUUUGUUAGCUUGAGGCUGGAGCAUGUGCCGUUGGUUGUUUCGAGAGGCCCGGUUUCCCUCAUAAGCACCCGUCUUUCCGCCAGGACAGUCCACUUCUCUUCCAUCCUACGUUAUUACACACGUGCUCUUACUAACCUUCCUUUCCUCCCCACGCCUUCUCACCUUGUGCGUCCUGGCCGUGUUCUCUUCUGUGUCCCUCCUCGCCGAACAAUCAUGACUCUCGCCAACGGUGCCCCCAAUGGGAGCGGGACGACCCGGAGGCCGCUUCCAUGCGGCAUCUACGCCCCGACCAUGACCUUCUUUGACCCGGAGACCGAAGACCUCGACAUCCCCACCAUCAAGAAGCACGCCGAGCGCCUUGUGAGAGACGGCCUGGUAGGCCUGGUCACCAUGGGCUCCAACGGGGAGGCCAUCCACUGCACACGAGAGGAGAAGCUGGCCGUGACCCAAGCAACAAGGGAAGCACUCGACGCGGCGGGCUUCCCCGACACGCCCAUCAUCAUCGGUGCCACCGAGGGCAGCGUCCGGGGCACGAUCGAGCUCUGCAAACUGGCGCAGAAGGCCGGCGCCGACUACGCCCUGAUCCUGCCGCCAUCCUACUUCCGCUUCCUGAUGAACGAGGAAGCCAUCCACGACUACUUCGUCGCCGUAGCCAACGAGAGCCCGCUGCCACUGAUCCUCUACAACUACCCGGGCGCGGUCGCGGGCAUCGACAUGGACUCGGACCUGCUGAUCCGGCUCGCCUCACACCCCAACAUCGUCGGCACCAAGUUCACGUGCGGCAACACGGGCAAGCUGACGCGGGUGGCGCUCGCGACGGACGCCAAGACGCCCUGGUCCGAGGGAUCGGGGUACAUGGCGUUCGGCGGCAUCUGCGACUUCACCGUGCAGACGCUGGCCAGCGGCGGCAGCGGUAUCAUUGCGGGCGGAGCCAACGUCAUGCCCAAGCUGUGCGUGAAGGUCUGGAACCUGUACGCCGAGGGCAAGAAGGACGAGGCCAUCGCGCUGCAGAAGACGCUCUCCAAGGGCGACUGGGUGCUCACCAAGGCGGCCAUCGCGGGGACUAAGCAGGCGAUCCAUAGCUACUUUGGCUACGGCGGCUAUCCGCGGCGGCCGCUGAAGAGGCUCGAUAAGGCCAGUGUGGCGACCAUCGAGGAGGGCGUGAGGGAGGUGAUGGAGCUGGAGAAGUCGUUAUAGGGCGCAGAUGCUGAAAGCUGUUGGGUAGUGGCUGCUGUAUGUAUGAAGGACUGAAAAGAGGAAACCGGGGGGCUCGAGACCGACCUACCAGGUAGUGUGUGCUACAGCCGUAUGGGCGGAGGGCUGCACCUUGGUGAGCACAGCGGGAAAUACGUUGUAACCACAUCGGCUAGCCGGGCUGAGAGCGGACAUCGUGCAUUGGGACAUGGUGGGCGGCAUUGGGGGGGUACUACGCAUUGGCAUGUUCAAAUGGAAAAUGGCAUUCUCCUACAUGAUAGGCCCAUCUAUAGCCCAGAUCCCUAGUCAGUGUCGAGAACGUGAUAUAAGAGGGUAUUGUCAGGACUUGCCUGCCUCCAUACGGAAUGAGGACGGAAAGGCGUUUGCACAUGAUGGUUACUUUCCAAGGACACUGAGCUGUUACGCUUUUCCCCAGCAGAUGCUGGUAUCAUUCUCUAGAUUACUAGUACUACUACCUACAUACCCCUCAAUGUUCGGAGU